CUCAGCUGCCCGCAGAAGCGCGCGGCACACGCAGACAAAGCUGCACGCAAAGACUAGUAUUACAAUGGAGAAGAAACUCGACAGCAUCUCAGCCCGAGUGGACGGGUCAAGUUCAUCGAGUGGUGCAGAUGCUGAUGAUGUUUCACUGUCCCCUCGUGAGAGAGGGGGGCGGAUAAAGGCUUGAGUCCACGAGCAGACCGUCUGAUCACUGGAGUAUCUCUCAUCCUCUCCUCCUCUUUUCUCACACGAAAUACGAGAAAGCAUUUUGUAGUGUGAAACCUGAGCAUCUUUGUGUUGCUGUAAUGCCACAGAAGUUUCAGCAGCUCUUCUAAGACCACAAGUUGUAGUGUUACCAUGUCUGCCCCAGUCAAGAGGACUCAGUGGGAUGAAGACCCGACUCUGUUUCAUAAGGAUCAUGGCCUUUCCAAGAAAGUGUUGCUCAACUGCUGUCUGGUCAGGUGGAUCAUCUCCUGGGCUUCCCCCAACAAAAAAGAUAGUGUCGAGGAUGAGCUGGAGCUGUCUGCUGUGCGCCAUCGACCAGAAGCUUUGGAGCUGCUGGAGGCUCAAACGCGCUUCUCACGAAAAGAGCUUCAAAUCCUCUAUCGGGGCUUUAAGAAUGAAUGCCCCAGUGGUGUGGUCAACGAAGACACAUUUAAGGAAAUUUACGCUCAGUUUUUCCCACAGGGAGAUGCAUCAACGUAUGCACAUUUUCUGUUCAAUGCAUUCGACACAGAUCACAAUGGUUCUGUCAGUUUUGAGGAUUUUGUGAUGGGUCUUUCCAUUCUCUUAAGGGGCACCAUUCAGGAGAAGCUUAACUGGGCAUUUAACCUGUAUGAUAUUAAUAAAGAUGGAUAUAUAACAAAAGAGGAAAUGUUAGACAUCAUAAAGUCCAUCUAUGACAUGAUGGGGAAAUGCACAUAUCCCAUCCUUAAAGAGGAAACUCCACGGCAGCAUGUGGAGAUAUUUUUCCAGAAAAUGGACAAAAACAGGGAUGGAGUGGUCACAAUAGAUGAAUUUAUAGACUGCUGUCAAAACGACGAGAACAUCAUGAGAUCAAUGCAGCUUUUUGAGAACGUCAUUUAACAUCUGAAUGGACUCUGUUGGCGGGCCAGCUCACAUAACCACCUUUAUACUCCACAAACCCGAUGUCCUCGUUGAUACACAUCUGAUUACUAGCAGUGCUUUACCCAUAAACCAAAAUGAACUGAAUAUUAAAGAAAAAUUAUUUUU